UCCUUUUCAUAAUCUACUACCAUAUUAUGGAAAAAGCGACAAUUCGCUUCAUUUUAAAAUGCAAAAUAAGAAAAACCCGCAUUUUCUUAAGUUUCCUAAAGUGACAUAUUCUUCGCGUUUGAUGUAUUAUAAAUAUCCAUCGGAAAGCAAUCUUAUAUCAAGAAGAAAUAAUUUCAGAAACCUCUUCACAUCUUUCUAUAAACGAUGUGUUGAAAGCCAUAUGAAACAUCUUGCUCGUAUGUAUAAUUUUAAUGUGCCAAAAAAACGUUUUUUAUGGCAUAAAUAUUUCGUAUUUGCAUGUAAUAUCUCCUGUUACUGGCAGUUUUAUGAAUGCAUUUAUAAUGAAACAACUAAGGGUAAAACAAAUAUAGAAAAUCAUUUGAAUAUUGUCGACAGAUGGUGUGCAAGUAUGAAAAAGGGCUGCGAAUUUGCCAACAGAUUAAAUCCAACAACUGUUGCUUCCAAGAAUGAGAAUCUUAAUUCUGAAAACCCUGUUCUGAAACUUAUUUUCAAACAUCGGGCACAGGCUUCUUGGAGCUCUGUUAGAAGCAAAAGCAAACUGAGUUUACGUAAACUUUUGAUGAAACUUAGCAACAUAUCAAAUGAAGAAAUCAUCAAGGACACAUCUCUUAAUACAAAAAUAAGCGUUCCUGCUACCCCCAAUGUUUCUCGAAUAUUUUUACGCAAUGCAAACCAUCAUAUGAUGAAACGACAUGCUGAAAUUAUUCCAGAGGAAUAUUUUGAAUCAAAUAUUUCCACAAGUACAGAAAAUAUUACUGAUCUAGAGGCUACGAAUGUCUCGGAAGUUUUCAUAUUACAAAACAAAACCAAGCAUAUGAAUCCUUACAGACGGAGAGGGGAGGAAGGAAUAAUUUAUAUUCAUGGACUUUUUGAAAUGAGUGGAGGAUCAUGUAGAAUUAACCCACAGACUGGACCGUUCGAAUACAAAGCUGCCCAACUCGCCAUCAAGCAUAUCAAUGAUAAGAAAAUUAUUGAUGGAUAUCAGCUUAGGAUGUAUCACAACGACACUCAGUGCGACUCUGGUGUUGCUGUUGAUGCCUUUUUUCACUCUUUGUACCGGCAACCUACCAUGUCUGUGAUUCUGGGAACUGGAUCUUCUGAAGUUACGGAAAGACUUGCACGUGUGGUCAGCAGAUGGAAUGUCAUUCAA